AUGGCGGUGGAGUCCCGGGUGACGCAGGAGGAGAUAAAAAAAGAACCGGAGAAGCCGAUAGACCGGGAGAAGACAUGUCCCCUACUUCUAAGGGUGUUCACUACAACCAAUGGGAGGCACCACAGGCCAGAUGAGUUUGCAAGAGGAAAUGUCCCAUCCAGUGAACUGCAGAUUUAUACAUGGAUGGAUGCUACUUUGAAAGAGUUAACCAGUUUAGUAAAAGAAGUUUAUGGAGAUGCCCGGAAGAAGGGCACACAUUUCAGCUUUGCUAUUGUUUAUCCAGAUCUCAAGCGACCGAGCUACAGGAUAAAGGAGAUUGGAAGCACAGUUUCUGGAAGGAAGGGAUCAGAGGAUUCACUCACAUUACAGUCACAGAGGUUCCAUAUUGGAGAUUAUUUAGACAUUGCAAUAACGCCUCCCAACAGAGCUCCACCCCCAUCUGGGCGCAUGAGACCGUACUGA